UGCCCGGUUACCGGGGCCAUGUGCGGCCUAGUGACCCGCGCCGCCCUCCGGCUCUCCCGCUACUUCGACUUCGGUGGCCGCGACCUGGCGCACUGGUUCCCGGGGCACAUGGCCAACGGACUUAAAAAGAUGCAAGCCAGUCUGAAGAAAGUGGAUUGUCUUAUUGAAGUUCAUGAUGCACGAAUUCCUCUGUCUGGACGCAACCCAGUAUUUAAGGAGACCUUGGGUGUCAGACCACAUCUACUGGUGCUGAACAAAAUGGACAUAGCUGAUCUAACAAAUAAACAGCGAGUUCUGAAGGAAUUGGAUGAACAAGGAAUCCGAAAUGUCCUUUUCACCGACUGCUUACGGGACAAGGAUGUACAUGUAAAGAAAAUUGUUCCCAUAGUUACAGAUCUCAUUCAGAAAAGUGACCGAUAUCAUCGAACAGAGAACGUGGAGUACUGUUUAAUGGUAAUCGGUGUACCAAAUGUGGGGAAGUCAUCCCUCAUUAAUGCCUUGCGAAGGAUGUAUUUAAGGAAAGGUAAAGCAUCGAGAGUUGGUGGAGCACCAGGGAUUACCAGAGCUGUCCUCACCAAGAUUCAGGUGUGUGAUAGACCCAUGAUAUAUUUAUUGGACACGCCUGGUGUGAUGUCUCCACACAUUGAAAGCGUGGAAGUCGGCUUGAAGCUGGCACUUUGUGGAACAAUAUUGGACCAUUUGGUGGGAGAGGAAACUAUUGCAGAUUAUCUGCUCUUCACUCUCAAUAAACAUCAGAAGUUUCACUACGUUGAGCACUAUCAGCUGGGGGAGCCCUGCGAUGAUCUGCAGACUGUGCUGAAGAAAAUAGCUGUGAAGCUUGGCAAGACGCAGAAAAUCAAAGCCCUUACUGGCGUGGGUGAUGUGAAAGUUCUCAUGCCCAACUACAGUGCAGCUGCAUAUGACUUCAUCAGAAUGUUCCGGAAAGGAGAACUGGGGAAGGUUAUGCUGGACUGAACUUCAUACGACUGGUCUGAAAAUCGGAGAAGCGUACUUUACUGGAGAUGGGAUCACGUGUUAGGCAGGUGAGAUGAUCUCAUCCGGCCCAGUAUCAUGGAAAGGUAAAAACUGUUGAAUGUACAGGCAAUGUCUGCCAUCUUGUAACAUACAUGUGCGGUGUAUGUCUGAACAAACUCAAGGAUAAAGGAAAAAAGAACCUCAGGACCUUCUGCAGAAACGCUGAUAGUUAAAUAUUAAACCCAUCCUAUCUGAACGCCUGUCUGAAGAAGGGUCUCGACCCAAAAUGUCACCCAUUCCUUCUCUCCAGUUAUGCUGCCUGUCCCGCUGAGUUAUUACAGCUUUUUGGUUUAAACCAGCAUCUGCAGAUCUUUCCUACACAUAACAAGGCAGGCUCUAUUCUGGGAUUAGGAAAGAAAUAUUAAAUAACUAAUUUAUUUACCGAAAUUCAUAAAACUGCUCAUGGUGUUCCAGCUAAAUGACAUUUAAAAUCCAGGUUGUGACUCAUUAAAUGUGGCGUUAUUAGAAUGUGCAGCUGUGGGAUUGCUGGGCAGUGUGAGUUGGUGGCAUUUAGUCAGCAGCGUUAUAGGACAGCAGGUCCCCAGGAAGACCUGGCUUACUGAAAUCCAAACAAUGUCUCCGUGAAAUCAGGGCUGUUAGUUGUACUUGAUCGUGGAUGCUUGGUGCAGAGACUUCAAACUUUAUAAUAUUGAACAAUUUGUGCCAAAAGUGUCUGCACUGUCAAACAUUCAUUUAAACGUGAUUCAAAAAGUCGUGUUUGAAUCUUGAUGUACCCCGACUAUGAUGGUAUCUUGCUGUACCCUGACUAUCCUGAUUGUAUCCACACCGACCGGCUUCAAAUGAGUGACCAUCUUUCGUCAUUUGUCACUGACUUGUUUUCCGCUAAUGAGAAAUUGUUUGUUUCUGAUUCACGAAUAAAUAGUUUUCAGGACAGUUCAAGAACAGAGACCCCUUGUGUAACCCAGGUACUGCUGAGCUCCGAUGUAUUUACAUAAUUCAUGUCAAUGAUAUUCCUUACAACCGAAUUUAUAGAAUGCAAAUUGCAAUCAUGUUAUGCCCCUCUGCUAGUGAUGUAUAUAAAAUGUACAUGAUAAAGAUUGCUUUUAGAAUUUUAUACAAUCACAUUGAACUGAAUCUAAGAUCUUGAAUCCAGAUAUAUGAAGCAGUAAUUGCUGAUAUUUUAAGGACGUGCAGCAUUAAAUCAAUUGUACCAUUGUCCAACCAUGUAACCCAUAUAAUAUUGUUUUUUUUAAAAUAAAGCUGUUACCAAAACCCUGGCA